AUGGCAAGCUUCCUCUUCAAAGCGACCGUCAAGACUGUCGUCUGGACCUAUGGCUUUAUAUCCAUGGUCUUGUACGGCCUUCUGACGGUUCGAUUAGGCCUCUUUUUCAAAAAGCCUACAGAAAAGGAUCAGUUAGAGCUCCACCUUGCCCAUGACCGUCUGUGGAAUCUGUCUAAGGAUUAUGCUGGACUCUCCCAUCAUUUCCUAACCCUUUCUACCGGCUUCAAGUUCCAUUUCCUCAGCAAUGAUGUCCCUAACUCGAAGGAAGUGCUGGCAUCCAGCAAGCCGUUAGUGAUCUUUAUUCAUGGCUUUCCAGAUAGCUGGGCCGUGUGGCGGCACAUUGCCAGCAACCCUGCUCUGCAGGCAUCUGCUACACUGGUAGCCAUUGACAUGCCUGGCUAUGGUGGCUCCCAAGCUGUGGAAAAAUACAACGGGACGAACAUUCUAGAGAAUAUGGCGCAGCUUAUUAUCAAUCUGCGAAUUCAAUAUGGUAUCGACCAAGGUGCGGAAAAGAGUAAGAGGAGAACGAUCAUCGUCGCCCAUGAUUGGGGCUGCGUUAUCGCGAUGAGACUCGCAACUGAAGCUCCAUCGCUGGCUGAUCGUUAUCUUCUGAGCAAUGGCCCAUUACCGAGCCUGGUUCAAUCGAACAUCGGCCGUAUGAUUUCUGCCGCACGCAAGAUGUUGAAGGAUGCAUGGAAAUCCCCACUCAAUGCUCGCGCGCCGUUGCGUCAGGCAUGGCAGACAUUGGCGCCCGUGAGAUAUCAACUCAAGAUGUCAGGAUACAUAUUUGUUAUGCAGCUGCCCAUUCCCCUUGCCCGUUAUUUCCUGACGGGCGGCAAUCAUUCAUUGAUGAAGAUGAUCCACAUCGGCUCGCACGGUAAAGCGAAGGCUAGUACUGAAGAUCUGGCAAACUCCAUGGCUAGUAGCAUGGGUCCUUCUCUGGCAGAGUCUAAGACCCAGACAGCCGACCAGGAGACAUACCCGACCACUGUUCGCUUCGACUCUAACUUUGCCAAUGUGAUGAACCUCGCUGGCUACUACCGGGACGGUGCGGAGCGUAGCAAGUGGAAGAAAUCUCUUGAGACCCUGGCUACGUUGGAUAAUCUAGCAGGCGGUAAAGAACCACAAGGAGCCCCGGGAGCUCUCAAGGCUCCCUCGACCGUGUUCUGGGGCAAGAAAGACAUUGCGCUCCACCCUGCCAUCUGUCUGGAUGGUAUGGUCGAUUUCAUCCCCAAGGACAGCCAGAUUGUCCUGCUUCCAGAGUCGGGUCACUUCACUCCCAUUGAGCUAGAGAGUCGUGUGGCUCUAACCAAGGCCGUGCAAUGGGCCAUUGAGGGCGAGCAAGGCGACAUCGGCGAUGCUUUGAAUAAGUUCAACGCGGAAGUCAUUGCCCGGAGAUAA